AUGUCUACCGCUCCGCAAAUCCUCACCUUCACCUCCAGCACAUCGCUCCGUCACCGUCUCAUCCAAUCAACCUUAACCGGAAAACCCAUUCGCAUAACCUCCAUCCGCUCCAAUUCUUUAACGCCAGGUCUUCUUCCUCACGAAGUCUCGUUUCUACGUUUAAUAUCAUCUCUAACCAAUGGUGGUGUCUUCCAAAUCUCCGAAACGGGUACUACACUACUCUACAAACCCGGUCUAAUCGGUCACACUCCAUCACCCAACUCCGCUACUUCCUCAGCAUCCAAGAUUAUCAAACACGUUAUUUCUGCUGAAUCUUCAAGUAGAGGGGUAACCUACUUCCUCGAGCCGAUAUGUAUCCUCGCGCCGUUUUCGAAGUCACCUUUUCAUGUUAUACUAUCGGGUCCUGGAUGUGUCACUGGAUCUACGGACUUGGAUUAUAGCGUGGAUACAUUCCGAACUGCUAUUCUACCGCUAUAUGCACAUUUCAACAUUAUCGCCAAAAUCGAAUGUCGUAUCAACAAACGCUCUUGUUCGCCCGGUGGCGGCGGGGAGGUGACAUUACAAUUUGGCCACCAGAUACGGUUACCGCCUACACUACACCUUAGGAAUCAGGGCAGGAUAAAGAGAAUCAGGGGAGUGAGUUACACGCUCGGUGUUAGUGCAGGGAAUAACCAACGGAUGAUUCAUGCAGCAAGAGAGGUGCUGAAUCAGUUUAUUAAUGAUAUAUAUAUCUACUCUGAAGUAGCGGGACAUCCACCUGCUGCUGAGGGGGGCAAGAGGGGCACUCCGGGGUUUGGGAUGAGUCUUGUGGCGACGAGUAGUACGGAUUGCGUGUAUAGUGCAGAUUGGGGGAGCAGCACCGAGGUUAUUAGAACACCUGAAGAGAUCGGAAGGGGGUGUGCUUUACGGCUGGUGGAGGAGAUUGCGAAGGGGGGUUGUAUACAGAGGAUUGGGGUUAAAACUGUGAUCAGUUUGAUGAUGAUGGGGAGCGAGGAUGUGGGAAGAGUGGUACUGGGGAAGGGAGUAGUUGAGGAGGAAACUGUAGGCCACUUGAGGGAUUGGAAGACUUUUGGGUGUGGUGAGGUCUUGGUGAAGGAGUGGAGCGGGAGUGAGGGGCUUGCAGGAGGUGGGAUGGGGGGUAUGGACGAAGAAAAGCUUAUCAGUUUGGGGGUUGUAGGGAAGGGAGUUGGAAAUGUUGGACGCAAAGUUGCGUAG